ACAAAACGCAUCACGCAUCAUCCUGGAAGCCCCCCUAUUUCUUUUCUCGUCGCCACCGGAUGACGAAGCCAGUCGGUUGUAAACAACAUGGAGGAGCGAGAAGCUCUGAAGAGAGAGAUCGAGCUGCUGCAAAAUCUCAUCAAUGAACAUAAGAGCGUCCAUGGCGACACACCAUUUUCAGGAGUUGAGCAGCGUCAGCCAGAAGCGCCGACAUCAGCCAGAGUUCACAGCACAUCUUUCAUCCAUCCUCACAGCUCCCGAGGGAGAAUAUAUGCUCCUCAGAGCCACGCAAGCUGGAGGAAAACAUACUCUCUGAAAAACAAGAAUCCUCAAUCCUCCCAUGGACGUCCCUCAGCUUCUACCACCUCCUUUGUUCAUCAGUCUAGUUCCCACAGUAUAUCUAACAGCGCCUCACUGCCCAGCCACAGCAGAGGAGAGGAGAGUGAAAGAACUGCCAAUUUAUCAUCAGGGAUCUCUCCACAGAAGAGAGAAGGACAUGUCAGCAGCAUCACAUUGGGGAUUGGGGGAGCUGCAACAGAGAAAAAACACACAGACUCGGCUCUGAGAAAAACAGGGACGUCUGUGUCUCAGCAUGAAGAUGGAAAAGGACAUUCAAGCUCUGCGGGCACUAGUAUGCAACAUAGAACGUUUCACAGACAGACUCAAGAAGUUCAGAAGAAGUCUGAAAGCAGCCAUGAAGUCCUGCCAGGAAAGAAAGUCAGUGCUCCCUCAGAAGUCUCCUCUUCAGUUAAGGCCAACUCCUCAACCAGUUUACAGAGCAAACCUUCCCUGACAAGCAAAACCAGCACUGAAAUCAAACAGACUGUUAAUACAACAACUCCAGUUAUUCUCACUGCUGGUAAUACCGGACCAUCUCUCUCUGCUGCCUCUAAAGUAUUAAAACAAGCUUCCAUUAACCCCACAUCUCACACCAGCCAGGGCCAAGUCAGUGCAUCUUUUCCAAAAAAAUCCAAGUUCACUUGGGUAAAGAGCCAGAAUGUGGGUGGAGUGGAGCCUACACAAGCCAGUUCCAUGUCCUCGCCCACAGGUAAAGCUGUGGCUGUUGCCCCAGCGUCAGUCUCAAAAACUGGAGGUGCCACAGGAAGCUCCCCCUUAUUCGCUGCCAAUAAGAGAACCCCCGCCAAGAAGUUACCUCGGAAGCUAAGUCCAGUCACUGUAGCCCCCAAGACCUCCAAGUACAAAUGGGUCUCCUCCUCUGCUGGAGCUCAAGCUAAAAUAUCUCGAAAAUUGCUCUCGCCCAAAGCCCUCACUCUUUCCCAGAGAGCUCUGGAGAAGGGAGAGGCCACCAAGAAACUCAAAGCAGCCUCUGCUCCCUCUGCUAAGAUAAAAAAGGGAACUGCCGGUUCCCCUAACAGCUCCUCACUGAGUAGCCGCUACCGUUGGAAGGCUGGAGGUCAGAGUACCUCUGCAGGACUGACAGGAGGAGCAGCCCGCCGUAGAUCUGCCUUCCACUGGACGUCAGAAAAAAGCAGCAAAGCAGUGAAAGGAGGUCUUGUUGGUUCCCCAUCUGUAACCCAACGUACCUCCCUUACACCCUCCUCUUCCCCUGGUGGGUUCAAGCUCCGCAGCAGGAUGAAAAUAAUUAGGAAGCCUGCUAAUAGUUGUGGUGGGUCAGAGAAGGGGAUCAGCCCAUCAGCAGUAAAGUACUCCCCACGGAGCCGGAUACACAGCUCCACCCGAAGUCCCAUAGGCGUUAGGAGGACAUCCUCCAGGGAGCUUGUGUCUUUUGGUAGACACAAAUUGAGGAGGCUCUCCACCACCUUCUCAAGGACAAGUCCCGCCUCCUUCUCCCACCGAAGUCCCACCUCUCAGCGGGUAUUCCGGACACCCUACAAGAUGGUGACCCGUCCGGGCUGCACCACGGCACACACCCUCCACUACAACCCCGCCCUCUCUUGGAGAGCCAAGAGGAUCCAGUCUGCCCGGAGUUUCCUUCAGAGCCGUAUGCGAGCGCCCCACGACAGACACCCGCCAUCCACUCAGCACUGGAGAGGAAGCAGCAUGUGCUGGAUUCGUGGUUCCCUCUACCGGGUGUCAGCCAAUAAGCUGUCCCGCACCGUGGGGUCCAACAUGUCGAUCAACCGAACAGGAAGGUCUUUCAGUACCGGACACGUCUCACCCAUGAGUCCUGCUUUCAACCGAACCUCCAGUACUCGUCAUUUGGCCAGCCGUGCAGUCCAGCGAAGCCUCGCAAUAAUCAGACACGCUCGUCAGAAGAAGCAGCUGAAGCAGUACUGCAUGUACUACAACCGCUUUGGGAAGUGUAACCGAGGCAACAGCUGUCCCUACAUCCACGACCCAGACAAGGUGGCUGUCUGCACCAGGUUUCUGCGAGGGACGUGUAAGCAGGCAGAUGGGACCUGCCCGUUCUCCCAUAAGGUGGCUAAGGAGAAGAUGCCGGUGUGUUCCUACUUCCUGAAGGGAAUCUGUAACAACAGCGACUGUCCCUACAGUCACGUCUAUGUGUCGCGCAAAGCUGAAGUGUGUGAGGACUUUGUGAGAGGCUACUGUCCUGAAGGAGAGAAGUGUAAGAAGAAACACACUCUUGUGUGUCCAGACUUCUCUAAGACGGGAACCUGCCCUCGAGGAGCCCGCUGCAAGUUGCAGCACCGCCAACGAGCCAAACGAAGCACCAGCAACACCUCCACCACCACCACGGCCAAGAGACCCCGAACCAAGGAGUCCUCCAAGAGGCCCCAACUUUCUGUCGUCAUCCCGCAGGACUCUCAGGCUGCUCCAGGGACGCCCACCAAAGGUUCUCUUGCACUGCCAUCCUUCAUCUCCCUCUCCAGCUCUCCUGAGGAGGCAGACGCACCGGACACACGGCUGGCUGAGACUUCACGGGUUAAAGAGAAAAAACUGCAGAUCAAGCCUCGGCUGUGAGACAGCAGAGACCAGCAUCGCCGGAGGUGAAAAACACUCAAUGAUUUCAGAGCACCAGGUUUGUCCCGACAGGUGUAUCUGUGUUUCUUCCCUCUGAAUUUCUUCACUCAGGGCCUGAAAGUUUUAUCUUUUUAUCUAUAAAUCUGUUUUACAUAUCGACUUUGGGUCUUUACACUCUUUUUUUUUCCC